AGUAAACAUUUCCUCAAUUUCUGUGCCGAUGGGUGCGUAGGUUUUAUCCCCAAUCCUGAUUCCAGCGCAGGUUAACGUUUUAAUCCAUUCCGGUGAUGCUCGGUGUACUCUGCGCACGCCCCAAGCCUUGGCUUCUCACUUCUCUAUCCUUCUCCCACGGCUCAGCGGCUCAUCACCGGCUAAUUCGAAGUCCGAUAAAGCUAGCAAUUGCCGUGACCGACGAUUGGCGCCGGCGUCAUCAUUCAAGCUCUUGCCGGCUCGGCUCCGGUGACGGCUCAAGAGGCGGCGCGGCGUCGAUAUGGCACGCAAUAUUGCCGGCCGGCGGUGACCGGAGAGGGGAGCUCCGGCGGAGUUUUCGACACCAUGAGCAGAAGGGCGAGGGGUCUUGGAAUGUGGCGUGGGACGCGAGGCCGGCUCGGUGGCUCCACCGAGUUGACUCGGCUUGGCUUCUAUUUGGGGUUUGCGCUUGCUUAGCGGCGCCGGUGGAUGUGGCUGACGUGAGUACCGAGGUUGUGUUCGGCGAUGAGACAAUUGAUGCUGGCAGUCCCGAGAUUUCCAGUUCGGAUGCGAAUGAUAAGACCUCUGCUAAUUACAGAGUUACAAGGGUGCCAGCGGAUGGGCGUUGCCUAUUUAGAGCAAUAGCUCAUGUAGCUUGCUUGAGAAAUGGGGAAGAACCUCCAGACGAGAAUCAUCAGAGAGAACUUGCUGAUGAAUUAAGAGCUCAAGUUGUUGACGAGCUUUUAACAAGGCGAAAAGAAGCGGAAUGGUUUAUUGAAGGAGAUUUCGAUGCAUAUGUGAAAAGAAUCCAGCAACCUUAUGUAUGGGGUGGGGAACCUGAGUUACUGAUGUCUUCUCAUGUUCUCAAGACACCAAUAUCUGUCUAUAUGAUAGGUAGAAGCUCAGGCAGUUUGAUUAACAUAGCAAAUUAUGGUGAAGAAUAUCAGAAGGAAGAAAAGCGUCCCAUUAAUGUUCUGUUUCAUGGUUAUGGUCACUAUGACAUACUCGAGGCUGUUUCCGACCAAAUUUACCAGAAAGUAGAAACAUAA